CAAUUUGGACUUUGGACCGACAUUUUAACAGAUAAAAAUUCAACCGUGCAAUGAAUAUGAGCCUUUUUUCCAUUUGUCAACUUAGUAGGGUGAACCAGCAAAAUCUGAGAUAAUAAUUUCACAUAGAAAGGAAUAAGUUAAAUAUCCUAACAGUUGCAAAACUUCAGAACUGUGAUUAUUAAGUGUUGCUGUGAAUAAACGAAAAUGGGACAGCUUUAUUGGUGAAUAGAUCAGUUCAGAUUUCAUAUUUGAAUAAAAUUUCUACAAAAUGGCUACUGGUAAACAAAUAGAUACGGAUAUUCUUUCCGAUGAAAUAUUUGAUGUAUUAUGUUCAAUGUGUAAAAAUAAAGGGAAAAAUACUGAAGGCGAAAAAUUCUGUGUAGAUUGACAUGAUUACUUUUGUAAAACUUGCGUUCAAGUUCACAAUGAAGUACCUGUAUUAGUAGGUCACAAGGUGUUGGAUAAAUCUCAAGUUAAGUCAGGAACCAGCAAAAGUCUGCCGAGGGCACCAACAGAGAGAUGUGACAGACACAGUCAUAAACACAUUGAUAUGUACUGUCAGAACCAUGAUAAUGUUGGCUGUUCUACAUGUAUGGCAGUUGAUCACAGAUUAUGCAAGGAUGCAUUCUACAUACCUGAAUUUAUCCAAAACAAUACUUACCAAGUUGAAUCCAGACAAAUUCAGACAAAACUUAAAGCCUUAGCUGAGACACUAGCUAAACAAGCUGAUAGAUUUAAGAGGGAUAAACAAAGGCUGCUAAAGAGAAAAGCGGAACUGCUUGCUGAUAUCAGAAAAUUCCGACAAGAAAUCAAUGACCAUCUUGACAAGCUGGAGAAAAGUUCAAUAGAUGUGAUAGAAGAUAAAGUCAGAAGUCUUGAAGACAAGAUUGAAGAUGGUCUAAAACAGCUACAAGCAAACAAGUCAAGGAUUACAUCAGCUAAUGAUAAAUUAGCAUCUGAAAACGCAAAUCAAUCUGAAGUGUUUGUUUAUGUUAAAUUGGCAGAGGAUGCUGCAAAUGUUGCAAACAUAUAUAUAGAAGAUGCAAAGUCUAAAAGUUAUGUUAAAGACAUAGAUUUUCAACGAGAUAGAAGAAUUGUUACACAGCUAGAACAAAAGAACACCCUAGGCACACUAUCAGAGAAACUUACAAAGACUGCUGUCACUUUAUUUCAGAUUAAAGGAAAACAAUCUUAUAAUGUAAAAGUUAAGUCUGAUAUAAACAAUUGUUGCAUCACCAGUGCCUGCUGUAUGGAAGAUGGUACAAUAAUUCUUGCAGAUUACAACAACAACAAGCUUAAAAGGUUACACAGUUAUAACUAUAUUGUCACUGACUAUUGUGAUCUACCUGGAAUGCCAUGGCAAGUGUGUAUGAUCAAUAACACACAAGUAGCAGUUACUCUGCAAUCAAAAAAGGAAGUUCAUUUCAUUUCUCUAGAAAGACAAUUGAAAACAACAAACAAGAUUAAAACUGAUUUUGUAUGUUAUGGCCUUGCAUAUGCAAACAAUAAUUUAUAUAUUUCAGACAGUAAAACAUCAGUAUAUAUGUAUACAUUAUCUGGUAGGAAGCUUCAUCAGAUCAGUAAAGAUCAGUCAGGACAUGAUCUAUUAUCUAACAUACGCAGUCUAGCUGUCAGUCAGGAUGCUGCAAGGAUUUAUGUUGCUGACUAUGAUGGACUGAUAGUACUGGACAACAAUGGUCAAGUUAAUACAUCAUUUAAUGAUGAACCAUUAAAGGGGGCUAACUGGUGUUAUCUCACAGAAGCAGGUAGUGUGCUGGUAUCUGGAGUUGUCUCCAAUAAUGUUGUACUGUUUACAUGUGAUGGUGAGCUGAUAGGAGAGGUUAUAGAAGCUGACAGUGGAAAGGCCAUUAAGUCAAUCUGUUGUAAUCAACAAAUGACUAAGAUGUAUAUAAGCAGAUAUGAAAAUGACAACAUGGAAGUGUAUGAGAUCAAUAAAAAUAUCUAAAGAACAAUCUGAUGCAUAUGUAAAAAUCAAUUUUCAAACAUAAAAUGUAAACAGAAAAGCACAGUCACUUAAAUAUCUUGAUUGUGAUAGUUUUUACACUAUUUACACUUUUACACCGACACCCUGGCUUUGUUUGCCUUAAAAUGUUGCACAAGUAUAUGGAUAUUCAAUAUGUAAAGAUACUACUAGUUUGAUUUAAUUUGUUUAUAUACAUGAAUUAUUUUGUGAAAAAUUUAUUUGAUUCAUCAUACGUUGUAUUCUUGCAUUAUAAUUUAAUACAAAUUUUAUAUAUUUUUUUAAAUUGUUUGAACGUGUA